AGUUAGUAGAUCACCAACCUUGCUCCGUCAUUUAUGAAAUCUUUGGCAUAUAGUGUGCUCCUACCAGUCGGUUCAUUCGGUGUUCUGAUCGGAUCGAUCCAAAGCUCUGCCGGUGGAAAGUGAAUCUGAAUUGUUCCUGGAAAAAAGGAUUCUUCAACGGGUUGUGUGGUUGUCUCUCGUUUGUUGUCGCCUGUUUCGUUCGUCUUCCCAUUCGAGGAUCAAGGAAGCGAAUUUCGUCUGAAACUCUAGUGAAUUCAAAUAGUGUUUGCCGAGUGCUGGAUUUUUUCUGUUGAGUGCUAGUGAAAACUACUGAAGAUAUAAGAAGCAAAAAUGUCGUCGUCUGCCGUAACUACUAAAACGUCGAAAUAUACCUACAAAUCCACUGGUGGUGGUACUGCCGAUGUCAGCAUCGAAUACAGCGCUGACCUUAGCGCCCUGUCCAGGCUGGAGGACAAAAUCCGCCUGCUGCAGGAGGAUCUGGAGUCGGAGCGCAGCCUCCGUCAAAGGAUCGAACGCGAAAGGGCCGACCUCAGCGUGCAGGUCAUUCAGAUGUCAGAGCGCCUCGAGGAGGCCGAGGGUGGUGCCGAAAGUCAGCUGGAAAUCAACCGCAAGCGCGACACCGAACUGACCAAACUGCGCAAACUGCUCGAAGAUGUGCACCUGGAGUCGGAGGAAACUGCUCACAUUCUGAAGAAGAAGCACCAGGAAAUUGUCACUGACUUCAGCGAACAGAUCGAAGCACUGACCAAGGCGAAACAGAGGGUUGAAAAGGAAAAGUCCAAACUGCAAGCCGAGAUCUAUGAACUUCUGUCCCAGAUUGAGAGCGUUUCCAAGGACAAGACCGUCAGUAUUAAGACCAUCGAAAAGUUGGAAGUCCAGGUGACCGAGUUGAACAUUCGCAUCGAAGAGCUGAACCGCACCAUCGUGGACAUCACCUCCCACAAGACCCGCCUAUCCCAGGAAAACAUCGACCUGGUCAAGAGUGUUCAGGAUCUGAAGAUCAACAUCGAGAGCAUCAGCUUCUCCAGGACACAGCUCAACACCCAGCUGGAGGAUGCCCGCCGUCGUCUGGAGGAAGACGAUCGCCGCCGAUCCAUCUUGGAGUCAACCCUGCAUCAGGUCGAAACCGAGCUGGAAUCUGUCCGCCUGCAGCUGGAAGAGGAAUCCGAAGCUCGCUUGGAUCUGGAACGACAGCUGGUCAAGGCCAACGGCGAUGCCGGUGCCUUCAAAUCGAAGUACGAAGCCGAAUGCAUGGCUCGUCACGAAGAGGUUGAGGAGAUCCGUCGCAAGUACACCGUUCGCAUCCAGGAGUCGGAAGAACACAUCGAAUCCCUCCAGGCCCGUUUGUCCAAGCUGGAGAAGGAGAAGAGCCGUUUGUCGAGCGAGAUCGAAAUCCUGAUUAUCGACCUGGAGAAGGCCAACAACGGCAUCCGCGAAUAUACCAAACGUAUCGAAAUUCUCGAGAAAACCAAUAUCGAAAUCAAGACUCGCCUGGAGGAAACCAUUACCCUGUACGACCAGUCGCAACGCGAUCUGAGACAGAAGACCCAGGACUACCAGCGCCUGAGCCACGAACUGGAUGCGACCCGUGAGCAGAAGGACCAGCUGACCCGGGAGAACAAUAAAAUGCAGAAGGAUUUGCACGACGCCCGCUCCAGCGUCACCGAGCUGACACGUCGCCUUCAUGACUAUGAAGUCGAGCUGCGUCGUCUGGAAAACGAACGUGAGGAACUGACUGCCGCCUACAAGGAAGCCGAAGCCGGCCGCAAAGCUGAGGAGAAACGCGCCCAGGCUCUGUCCGCUGAAUACGGCCAGUUCCGUCACGACACCGAGCGCCGUCUGCUGGAGAAGGAGGAAGAGAUCGAAGUUAUGCGCAAGCAGACCAGCAUCGAAAUCGAACAGCUGAAUGCUCGCGUCGUUGAGGCUGAGACCAAGCUGAAGAGCGAAGUCCAGCGCAUCAAGAAGAAGCUGCAGAUCCAGAUCACUGAGCUGGAGAUGUCCCUGGAUGUUGCCAACCACACCAACAUUGAACUGCAGAAGACCAUCAAGAGACAGUCCGCUCAGCUGACCGAAAUCCAGGCCCACUACGAAGAAAUCCAGCGUCAACUGCAGUCCACCGUUGACCAGUACGGCAUUGCCCAACGCCGCAUUCAAUCGCUCACCGGAGAACUCGAAGAGAUCCGUGUCAACUACGACUCUUCCCUCCGCUCGAAACGCCAGGUCGAAGUUCAGCUCGAGGAAGCCAACACACGCAUCAACGACCUCACCGUCAGCAACGUCAGCUAUGCUUCGCUCAGAACUAAGCUCGAACAGGAACUGCAGGUUCUGGCCUCCGACUACGAGGAAGUCACCCGCGAACUGCGCGUCAGCGAUGAACGUUACCAGAAGGUCCAGGUUGAACUCAAGCACACUGUUGAACUGCUCCACGAAGAACAGGAAAGAAUUGUCAAGAUUGAAGCCAUCAAGAAGUCCUUGGAAGUCGAAGUCAAGCAACUUUCAGUUCGUCUUGAGGAAGUUGAAGUUAACGCCGUCGCUGGUAGCCGUCGCAUCAUCGGUAAGCUGGAAGCCCGCCUCCGUGACAUCGAAGUCGAUCUGGAGGAAGAGAGAAGGAAGCACGCCGAAACCAUCAAGAUUCUGCGCAAGAAGGAACGCUCCGUCAAGGAAGUGUACAUCCAGAUCGAGGAAGACCAGAAGAACCUUCAGAUCCUGCAGGAUGCUCUGGAGAAGGCCAACCAGAAGAUUGCUGCCUACAAGCGUCAGCUAGUUGAACAGGAACAAUGCUCCCAGCAGUGCGUUACCAAGGUUCGUCGCUUCCAGCGCGAACUGGAAGCCGCCGAGGACCGCGCUGAUGUGGCCGAGAGCAAUCUGCACCUGGUCCGCGCCAAGCACCGUACCUUCGUGACCACCUCCACCGUGCCCGGAUCGCAGGUCUAUCUGGUUCAGGAGACCACCAGAACCGUCAACGAGACGUCGUCGUCCUAAAUUCUUGAGGAAGGGGACAAAACCUCCAGGAAAUUCCCGAACGCCACCCAAAUAGACCGACAACCAUCACGGCCGACGUAGUAUAGUGGCGAAACGCACCAUAUGAUCUUUCAUUUCAAUCAUUUCCGUUCGUUUUGUUUUCUGUUUUGUCCGUUCAUUACUUUCUGUUCCACAAUUUCGUAUUCGUCUUCAGUUCCAUGUACUUUUAAUUUUCUGUAUUCUCUUCCACACCAACGAACUUAUGAAACCAAAAAAAAAUAUAAUCUCUUUAUAACGACUCUGCUUGAAACUACCAAACAUCCAAGUGGUUUCGGUCACACAGAACACGCAUUAAAUCGCCAAACCUGAAGAAAUGUGAAUCUCUUACACAAUAAUACUGAAAUAAAAUUAAAAACGUAAUAAUACUAGCCGCUCUUUUGAUUGAACAAAAAAAACUAGAUGUGAGGAUAAAGGAAGAGAGAGAGAGGGAAAGAACAGCAAGAUACCGCCUUUUUACAAGUACUAGUAAAUCUACCAACUGCACGCCAGUACCAGUUAUCCGAAGAAGAUCAAAACAUUAUAUUUCUUUUGUAUGAUAUAAAUCUUUGUAAUAAAUAAAUAUUAUUAAACAAAUAAAAAAAUAAGAAAAAUAA